AUGACUCAGCCCGAAAACUCAGCCUCCACUGACCUCUCAAAUCAAUCCACCAUUCUCAAGCCAUCCUUGAGGCCGGGUGACAUCAGAUUCAUCUCGAUCAAGAUGUUCGGAAAGGAAAGCUUGGGAGUUUUGGACAGAACUAUUAGACCUAUGCUUUCUGGUUCUAAUGUACAGCUCAUUAAGGAUGGUGGAACUUUGUCAAUACUUCUGUUCGAUUCCCGUAGAAGGCUUCUCUCCUAUCUCUUUAUUGCCUACUGGUAUUAUCUUAAGAUACAGAAAUUCGUACAAGAUGCGAUUUUCAUUGUCCAUACUUAUUUAUGGGGGUUUGUGGUUAUCUUGGGACUCAAUGAUGAUGAUGGAGGAGUUGAUCAAUAUUCUUUAUGGUCAAAAAAGUCUUCAAAAAGGUCACCAAAGAUGCCCUCGCUCUGGUCUAUUCGGUCUAUUCCUACUCGUCUUGUUACAAAAGUCGCCAACCAUGCCUUGAGAAAGUCCUUGCAAGCUGUAACUCCCCCAAAUCGGAAACUCAUUCGAAUUGCCGCUGGCAAAGGUCCUCUGCCUUCUGUCAUCGGUGUCAUUUUCAAUCUAUUUCCCCUAGUAAUACCUCCUCCACCGGAGAUCCCGACUCCAUAUCUCACUGCUGAUAAGAAGAUUGUGAUUCCUGAGAAAAGUGAUACUUCCAACGCUCUUAGAGCUCGUGCUGAAUGGUCUGCCAUCCAGCACACUCACAAGGCCACAGAAAUCAUGAGGGUAUGUACCGAGGCGGCUCGAAUCAUUGUUUGGACGACCUGCUUGGGUAUUCCAAAUAUUGUUCUUCAAGAAAUUAACGGCUAUACUUGGAAAAACUUGGAUGCAUUGGUUUCAUUGGUUCAGACAGAAUUGAGCAGCCUUGAUCUAGCCAGCAGAUCUAAGGAUAGGUGUUGUUUCCCUGACGCCAUUCAAUUUGUCAAUGUUGCUACCAAACAGGUUAAGACUUUGAGUGAUUUCAUUUACGAUGACAACUACCAAGAAGACAAUUUGACACCAUUACAGCCAACUCCUGUAUCUGGAUGUCCUUUUCUGGCCAACAGCGCUAGCUUUUCAGGUGGCUUGUUACAUCAGGAUGAUUACCCCUCACAUCUUACCGUAUUUCUAACAUCCAAUCACGAUGAUACAGAUUAUCAGCCUUUAAUUGAACUCAUCAAACAAAAAGUACAGACAGAAACUUACGAUUGGACCUCUGAAGAAUUCACUAAGAUGGAAGAGUUAGCGCAAAGCCUUGAGAAUAUCACUCCUUCUCCAGAAGUCCUCAUCAAGUACGCAUCAGAAAGACAGCAGAGAUACUCCCUAGAUGGACUGCCCUUGAGCCCUGACAAGUUAAAUCUGCAACAUUUCUAUUCGUUCAGACCUCCUGCAACUUUUCCAGCCUUUAUCAAAGCCGUUGAAUCCUAUUCUCGUUGUCAAAGAAAUAAGUAG